AGUCAUUUUUUAUAUACACACUAUGCUUGGCGUUCAAGCGUAUUUUAAUAAAGUUGAAAGUCAUAUCAACAAUGAAAAUGGAAAAGCUUUAGCUCCCUUGCUUUCUUUACAUAGUGCCCAUGUCAAGAGUAUCAUUCACCACAACAUUCAACCUACCCAAAUUGACUUGAUUUGUAGAAACAAGUUCGAUGCGCCUUGGAACGAAGUAGUGGCCCAACAUGUGAAAACAAUUCUUCACAUCGAUGAAGGCGAUUAUAAAGCUGCUUUUGAAUCCCAAAAAGAAGUUGUGCAAUCUUUCCAGAGAGGCAUGGGUAGCAUGACACGCUGGUGUUUACCUACCUUAUACAUUAUCAACAAUGAAUUACGCAUCGUGGCAUCGAAAGCCGAUGAUGAAUUAGUCGCAGAAGAGGGUCAACGUAAAAAACUCGAGGAAGCAGCCAACGUCAUUAGUAAAUCCUUCACGUACUGCAUUACGGAUCGAGGUGUACUUGCUUCCUCCAAGAAGUAUGGUACCUACUGUAUGAUUGGCAUUCUUUUCCGCAUUUAUUUCAAAUUAAGACAACAAAAUUUGUGCAAGAAUAUUUUACGUGCCGUUAAAGCAGCAGAUAUGCCCAGUCUCGAUUAUUUCCCCAAGAGUGAUCGUGUCACUUUCCGUUAUUAUCUCGGUCGUCUUUAUUUUUUGGAAGAGGAUUAUGUAAAGGCUGAACUCGAGUUGGAUUUGGCCUUUAAGGAAUGUACCAACAAGCACCGAAAGAACAAGGAAUUGAUCCUGCAGACACUGCUGCCCGUUAAAUUAAUGCGAGGUAUUUUACCCACACAUGCAUUAUUUGAUAAAUUCACAAAGACACGCCAAGUAUACAGUGAUUUGGCUACAGCCAUCCGCAUAGGGGAUGUCAAGGCAUUCAAUGUAGCCUUAACCAGUUCAGAACCUUUACUGAUUCGACAGGGAACGUAUUUUGCUAUUGAAAAGGCCGAGAGUAUUGCGAUAAGACAACUAUUUCGCAAAGUCUAUCUUGUAUUGGGAAUGAAUACCAGAAUUCCUAUUCAAACAUUUCAAAAGGCACUGGAUUUCGAAGGUUUGCAUGUUGAUUUGGAAGAAGCUGAAUGGAUGUUGGCCAACAUGAUCUUCAAGGGAUAUAUGAAGGGUUAUUUAUCCCAUGAAAAAAUGUUUCUUGUCUUGGGUAAAGAUAAUCCAUUCCCUCCUGUUUCUCAAGUAGUUCAAUCGUGACGUAUUUGUAAAAGCUAAAAUAAAAAGGCGGACUUUUUUCUUUUUUUUCACA